CUGAGUUGCUCUACUCUCGCCGAUGCCUCUAGCCCCUUCCAUGAUCAGAUCACAGCGUCACACACAGUUGGGUUCGAGUCCGAGAAAAACAAAAGCUGCUCGACAAUUAACAAGCCCCCUACAUCAGCAUCAGCUCAAGCUGCUCAAUUCAGGUUAACACACUGAUCCCCACACCCACGCCAUCAGCCAUCAUACCAACUCCAUCCAACCGGCUGCACCUAAACCUCUCCAAGAACGCGCCAAUAAACAUCCCCUAAAUCUCAGCCACAAGUCACCACACAAGAUCUCACGCCGAGGGGCGAUCCAAGGCACGAGAGACCAUGUCAGCGUCGCCGGAGAACGUCGUCGCAGGCGGCAGUGGCCCGCCGGUCGCGUGGUGGAGCGCGGCCUCGCCGGUGGGCGGCGACGUCGUCCUCUGCAGCGUAGCCCUCCUCUUCGUCGCCCUGGCCUUGGCGUUCGUCCUGUACCACUACUCCACGGCCACGGUCAGUCGCCGCGGCGGCGGCGCGGGGGUGGGGGCGGCGCCAACGAGCGCCCAGCAGCACCAGCAGCACGGCACGCUGGGACGAGGACGCGACGCCACCGGCGGCCUUGACCCGUCGGUGCUCCGGGCGCUGCCGGUGACGGUUUACGAGGCGAAGGACGACCACCGGGCAGGCGAGGCGCUGGAGUGCGCCGUGUGCCUCGCCGAGCUCGCCGACGGCGAGCCCGCCAGGUUCCUGCCCAGGUGCGCGCACGGCUUCCACGCCGAGUGCAUCGACCAGUGGCUGCGCGGCCACUCCACGUGCCCGCUCUGCCGCGUCGACGUCGGCCUGCUCCCUGCGCCGGCGCCGGCGCCGCCGUCCUCGGCCCUCCCUCCGGCGCUCCCGGCGCCCGCCACCUACCCCACGGACCUGCCGACGAACGUCCUGUUCUGGGGAUCCCAGGGCGCGGUCACCGUGGCGAGGGCGGCGGUCCGCAGCGGCCCGAGCGCUCCCCGUGGAGCGCCGCCGCCGCUGGUCAUCCAUGUCAGGGAAACGGCACCGGCACCGCCACCGCCUCCGCCGCCGCGUGAAGGCGGCGCGGCAAAAGCGGAGGGCUUGGCGCGGCUGAGUUCUCUCAGGCGGCUGUGGAGCCGAGGGAGGCAUGACGACGCUGCGGCUGCGACCUCCCGUUCCUGCCGCCGCGCCACUGCCACGGCAACUGCCUAACGCGCUACACCUACAGCACGUGUUACUGAUGUGCAGGUGCACUGCACCGAUCCUCAACUGGAGACACGACACGCUUCCAUGGCAACAGUCCACCUAGUAUCAGUCUUCGGUUUGUUGCAGUGAUCUUGGUUUUUAUGCACACAGCUAUUAAUC